CUUUUUACACAAGUAGCAGUUUAACAGAUAAAUGCAGUGUUUAUGUUUAUUAUUAUAUUCUACUCUCUGAAAAGUCUCAAUAUAUGACAACAGUUUGUAAAGGACAUAUACGGGUAUUUCUCAGCUUUUCUAGUUUCUAAAAGCGUUUGAGUAAAUUAAUUUGCUUUAAACACACACAGUAGGUCACAGUAGUUUUGUCUUGUGUUUUGACUAAUUGACACUUUUCCUACUAUUACAAGUCAAAUUAUUUACUGUGAUCACUGGUAUCCACUAAUUAUUUAAAGUCAUGACUUUAAUGAGAUCCAGUCUUCCAGUUGAAGGGGAAUGAUAGAUAGAAAGCUCAGCACGUGUUGGCAGAGUACCAAAAACGAAACAACGCGGAAGGACAGAUCCUCCCGCCAUGUGUUCAUUCAUUCGAGACGGUACCGGCUUGUGACGAACCUCUUUAAUCUCUCAGGGACGUGACAGAAGUCAACAGGAUGUACAACGAGAAGAAACACGAGAAGAGUCCACCUGCCGACCGCGGUCAGGCUGUAGCCAUCAUCAUCUUUGUGCUCGGUCUGGGAACUCUGCUGCCCUGGAACUUCUUCAUGACGGCCUCUCAGUAUUUCAACCAACGCCUCACAGUCCCCAACAACACCGUUAACGGCACAUCAGGAGGUCCAACUAAAGACUACAACUAUGACAGCUGGAUGGCCUUGCUUUCCCAGCUGCCCCUGCUGCUGUUCACCCUGCUCAACUCUUUCCUGUAUCAGUGGGUGAGGGUGCGUCUCCGUGUGGCCUUCAGCCUCAUUGCCAUCCUCCUCCUCUUCUCCAUCACGGCUGCUCUGGUCCAGGUCCCCAUGGAGCCAGACACUUUCUUUUCUGUCACUAUGGCGACUAUCUGGUUCAUCAACAUGUCCAGUGCAGUGCUGCAGGGCAGUCUGUUUGGCGUGGCCGGUCUCUUUCCUGCUCGAUACAGCACUCUGUAUAUGAGCGGUCAGGGUCUGGCCGGGAUCUUCGCUGCACUCGCGAUGCUCCUCUCGAUCUUAAGUAACGCAGAAAAAAGCUCGGCUGCGAUGGGAUACUUCAUCACUCCAUGUGUGGCCACUCUGGGGACUCUGGUGUGUUACCUGCUGCUGCCAAACCUGGAAUUUGCUCGUUUCUACAUGAACAGAAGUCAGUCUGUUAGCGAGGAGCUGUCAGGGGAACUCAUCAGCAGUACAGUCACCAACCACGAAAAAGCACUCGAAGCCAAUGUGAAGUUCAUUCCGCCCAAGGAGGAUGAGGAGCGUUCCUCUGUCCUAGCUGUCUUUAAAAAGAUCUGGCUGAUGGCUUUGUGUGUGACGUGUGUGUUUGCUGUCACCCUGUCGGUGUUUCCUGUGAUCACAGUCCGAGUGCAGACCGUCUACAAGGACAGCGCUUCCUGGGAUAAAGUCUUCACUUGCGUUUGCUGUUUUAUCGUUUUCAACGCCUUGGACUUGGUCGGCCGUGCCACCCCGUCUCUCGUCCAAUGGCCUUCGAAGAAGAGCUUUCUGUUCCCUGCGGCCGUGGUGUGCCGUCUGGUCUUCAUCCCUCUGCUCAUGGUGUGUAACGUGCAGAACUCCAAACUCAUCCUGUUCAGUCACGACUUUUCCUUCGUCAUCAUCAUGGCCCUGUUCGCCUUCUCCAAUGGAUACUUGGCGACCCUCUGCAUGGCCUACGCUCCUCAGUUGGUGCGCUCUAAGGACUGUGAGACAGCCGGCUCUCUGAUGAGCUUCUUCCUCGUUCUGGGUCUGGCACUGGGAGCGUCAUUCUCCUUCCUACUGGGACAACUGGUUUAAAGGACUGGGAUGAACAGACCACAUGAGACUUUAUUGAUCCUUGAUGAGAAGUUUGAGCAGUCUUAAACAAGGCAAAAGAAGUACCAAUACCAACUCAAGUAAAAGCACUUUGCAUUAAGGCUCUUAUUUUGUUAGCGUGUUCAGAGUAGUGAAGGCCAGUAUUUGUAUAUUUAUAUAACACAUCUGUUACAGACCACUUGUUAGUCAUACCGUUUAAAAACAUAUCUGGGAGGGAAUCGAUGCGUUCAGUACAUGGAUUAUUCAAGUGGAAGUUAAUAAGAUCAAAAUGUGACUAUAGACAAAUCAGUGGAGAGGCCAGAUGAAGUAUUUUGACAUAAUUGUAAAAUAACGAAAAACAGUCCAAUGCAUUUUUUUAAAAUCUCAUAAUUAACUUAAAUUAUGUAAAUAUGUUUCAAAUUUCUGCUUUUUUUGUGAUGUGUUGAUUAUUUUCCUGUUUGCCAGCGAUGCAGCUUCUUUUUGCCAUCACAGCAGAAUGUGUGUUCUCUGUAAGACUUGAUGAUGAUUAACUGUGUUGAAUAUUUUAUGAUGCAGCUAAACAUGACAUUUUCACCUCCUAUUGGCUAAAAACAAAUCUGUGUCAACCACUGAGAGAUUUACAGACAUAAAGAGACAAUGCACAUGAGUCACACACUGAAUUUAAAGUUUACUUCAUAUUACUGUAUUUAAGUGCCUGCGUUUUGUCUUUUAUCCUUUCUUUUCUGAUCUCACUGUCGUGUGUUUAUUUUUCAAAGAUUCAUAAUCAUUUUAUGAACAGUUUUACAUUUUUUAAGACGUUUUUAUAACUGAAUCUUUUUUAUUUUCUUGUCUAUUUAUGUGAUAAUGUUUUUCCUCUUUUUUUUUAAAAAAGAAUAAAAAUACACUGUCUGAAUUGUUACUGUUGUGUUUUAUUACUGUAUUGAGUCUAAGUUUCACAUAAAAGGGAGUUGUACUGGUAUUUUGUUUAUUACAAUAAACUGUCAGAGAAAAGAAAAAAACAAGUACUGCAAAAAUAAUGAUUUUAUAAUAAAUAUGUUCAAUAGAAAUGUAAAUUCAAAUAAAAAAGUGUACAGUGUAUAAAA